UAAUUGUCACUUGUCAUAUUUAGCGGUGGCUGUCUGAUAUACCCUAUUGUCAAUGCCAAUGUCUAAAUCAUUUUGAUUUUGCGACUUGUUCUUUUUGCAUAUAAUUUGACUGCAUAGUGUAAAAUUUAUAGGGCAUAUUUGAUAAAAUUAUAAUGGCUUCACCGCUGGAACAAUUUGUAAAUAAUGUGAGAACUACUUCGGCCUCGGGCAAUUUUCGUGAAUUGUGCGAUAUUAUUGGAAAAUCUGAUGAAGUACUACAGCGAAACAGUGCACAUUUAAACACUGUACUGGAGACUCUAGACAUUCAGCAACAUUCUCUUGGAGUUCUAGCUGUACUUGUUGCUAAAUUCUCUUUACCACAGAGUAAUCCUGAUGUGGAUAGAACAACUAUGUUUCAGCAAAUCCAUGAUUUUAUUAGCAAUUGCAAUGGUGAACAAGUUCGCUUUUGUCCAGAGCUUUAUGCAGAUCUAUGCCAUUUACUUACUGAUCACCUUGUGGAACUGAAGCAACCCAUAAGGGGGAUUGAAAUCUUAAGAAAAGCCAUUAGGAAAAUUCAAUUGUUUGACUCUCAGUUAACUUCCAUCCAUGCUGAUUUAUGUCAAUUGUGCCUACUUUCUAAAUGUAUGAAACCUGCUUAUGAGUUUUUGGAUACUGAUGUAACAAGCAUUGGUUCAGAGCUGGGAGGUGUUAAUGACUCUAAGCAUUUCCUUUUAUACUACUACUAUGGGGGAAUGAUAUACACAGCUAUGAAAAACUAUGACAGAGCAUUGUAUUUUUUUGAAGUUGUAGUCACUGUUCCUGCUAUGGUUGUUUCACACAUAAUGUUAGAAGCUUAUAAGAAAUAUAUUUUAGUAUCAUUAAUUUUACAUGGAAAGAUACAACCAGUGCCUAAAUACACAUCCCAAGUUGUAUGUCGCUUUCUCAAACCCCUGUCUGUUGCCUACCACGAACUGGCUACUUCUCAACAUACCGCUAUAAAACAUAGAGAAACUUUUGUAAGAGACAAGAAUAUGGGGUUGGUUAAUCAGGUUUUGAGUUCCAUGUAUAAAAAGAACAUCCAGAGACUCACUAAAACCUUUUUAACACUCUCAUUAAGUGAUGUCGCUUCCCGUGUUCAGCUAACUGGACCAGCUCAAGCUGAAAGUUAUAUUCUCAAUAUGAUUGAAGAGGGAGAAAUUUAUGCCAUGAUAAAUCAAAAGGAUGGUAUGGUUGUGUUCCUUGAUAGUCCUGAGAAGUAUGCAUCACCUGAAACUUUAUGUGUAUUAGAACAACAAAUGGCUGCUUGCACUAAGCUCCAUCAAUAUAUUCAAGAAAUGGAUGAGCAAAUUCAAGUAAAUCCUCAGUAUGUGAAGAAAUCUGCUGGCAGUCAUGAUGAAGAUAUGCCAGCAACAAGUCAAAACUCAAAAACUGCUUAUUCAAUGUAAACAUAUAUUAAUUUUAACCACAUAAUUGUAAGUUUAUAAUUGUAACAAUCCAUUAAACAAUUACCAUAAAA